GACCCUUCAGAAAGGCCAUGGACUUCAAAGGGACGUAACCAUAUCAGAAAAAUUGUACCACUAGCAGACUGCUGGUCAAAUUGUUUGAGAGCAAGAGUUCAGACAGACGGACAUGCAUCAAGUUUGUGGUCAGUUCUUUACAAGACUUUUAAGGUCAUCAGCCACUAUUCCGUUAGUCUCUCAGUUUCACCAUUGUAGACAUGUCCAGCAAGCAAGGCUUCUUUCACUGAAAGAGCUUCGGCCACAUGUGGGCAGCAAUCAGUAUCUUCCACAGACAGCACUGAUGGUCUUUAAAAUGGACAGACAAUGCCAGCAGUGGCGGACAAUCACAGCAGACAGUUCAACCACUGCUGUAACAAUCUGGAAAGACUUGAAGCAGAUACGUUCAUCUCCUCUUCCAGCUCUUGUAUUUGGCUUUUCAGGACUGAUUCCAUUUGCUUUUGUGCCAUUGUACAUGAUCACCACACAGGUCUACAGCCCAGAUUUAGAGUUUGUUCAGAUGGCGUAUGGAGCAUGUAUUCUUUCAUUCUUAGGUGGCACUCGAUGGGGAUACGUUAUCGCAGAGAACUCCUGUUUGAAAGCUGAUUGGCACAACCUUGGUUACAGUGUAUUUCCUUCACUGGUUGCAUGGCUUGGCCUUCUUUUUCCAUCACCUGUUUCCAUUCUUGUUGUAAUGUCAGGAAUUGCAGUGACAGCUUAUUUUGACACUACAGUGAAAGGUUACCCAUCUUGGUUCAAGGGCUUACGAUUUAUUCUUAGUUUAGGGGCUCUGUUAUCAUUGUGGUCUGCAUUUCUGUGCCGGUACAUGCUAAGUAGCGACUCAAAAAAGGAACUGGAUAGGAAGAAAAUAAUAAAAGGAGAUGAUGAUCUGGAAGAAAACAAGCAGAAAUAAACUAUUGUUGAUAUUUUGAUAAUUUUACAGCAAAUGAAGUAUAUACAAAGUGACAGCAUAAGAAAUUUUGUUAGAGGAGGGGAUGUACAUUUUAAGUUUUGUCAGCCAAUUGUUUGUUAAAUGCAGUUGAUAAACAGCAUUUAAUUGAAGAGUUAAAAGUGACCUUUAGCUGUCUAUAUUUUAAUGACUAAUGUUAUAAUAACUGUGAUAGCAUUUCUGAUAUCUAUUUGAGGUAAGGCAAUAUCAGUAACAUUUUUUGUUGUUUUUCUUUUGCUUAAUUUUUAUCUGAGAUGUAAACAUUGUGCUUAAGCUAUUGUUAAACAGUAUGUUAGAAACUUUCUUUGGGAAAAAAUAGUUUUUGUGAUAAUCAGCUGUCUUUCCAAAGGAGAUUGAUGUGGGUAUUGUCAUGUGUAUACACCUCACUAAAAGCCUUCAGUUAUGUUAGUAGUAGAAUUCAUUAGGACAUAUAUAUUUUAUUUGAAACUUCUUCUGUUGACCCACACAAUUUAUGCCUUAGUGUUAAAGCCCAGCCCAGUUCUUCACUGGAGAAGAAAAUGCAUUGCCCUUUAAAUGAGCAGUGGAAUUGCAGAAAAGCUACUUGAGGAAUGAAUGAUGAUGAAUAUUGAACAUAUCAAGAUGUGAAUAGCAAGUCCACAAAGCAGACAAUGUGAAUAAUAUUUUUAUCAGGAUAAAUAAUUUAUCAGAAAAUGUAAGAAGCAAAAUCAUGUAAAGAAAUUUUACCUAGGCAUCUAAAAGUGUUCAUGAUAUGACAUGGGGAAUAUGAAAACAUUAAGAAUAAACAGAAAAUAUGGAGGUAUUACAGCGUAAGAUUUUUAAAAAGCAAGAAACUGAUAUUUUAUUGUUAAUAGUUAUCAAAUAUUAUUUGACAUGCUUGAAAACAUAAAAAUAUUGUUUUUUGACAAUAAAGAUCCAUGAUAGGCA